GACUGGCGGGCCAAGUGCCUUGGGGGCCAGGCUGGCGGCCAGUCCUUCCGUGGUCUUUUUCUGGAGCUCCGGCCCAGCCUGUGAUCCUGGGGUAGGGGACGAGCCUGCUCGGUGAGGACUGUGCAUUCAAGAAACUGCAGGAACUUCUAGAGAUGGAAAGGGUGCCCAUGACAAAUGAAGAAAAAACAAUGUCUGCCAACCUAAAAUAUCUUUCCUUGGGAAUUUUGGUGUUUCAGACUACCAGUCUGGUUCUAACGAUGCGUUAUUCUAGGACUUUAAAAGAGGAGGGGCCUCGUUAUCUGUCUUCUACAGCAGUGGUUGUGGCUGAAUUUUUGAAGAUAAUGGCCUGCAUCUUUUUAGUCUACAAAGACAGUAAGUAUAGUGUGAGAACACUGAAUAGAGUGCUGCGUGAUGAAAUUCUUAAUAAACCCAUGGAGACACUGAAGCUUGCUAUUCCAUCAGGGAUAUAUACUCUUCAGAACAACUUACUCUAUGUGGCACUGUCGAACCUAGAUGCAGCCACUUACCAGGUUACAUAUCAAUUGAAAAUACUUACAACAGCAUUGUUUUCUGUGUCAAUGCUUGGUAAAAAAUUAGGUGUGUACCAGUGGCUCUCCCUAGUGAUUCUGAUGGCAGGAGUUGCUUUUGUACAGUGGCCUUCAGAUUCUCCAGAGCAGAGCUCUAAGGAACUUUCAACGGGCUCGCAGUUUGUAGGCCUCAUGGCGGUUCUCACAGCCUGUUUUUCAAGUGGCUUUGCUGGAGUUUAUUUUGAGAAAAUCUUAAAAGAAACAAAACAAUCAGUGUGGAUAAGAAACAUUCAACUUGGUUUCUUCGGGAGUAUAUUUGGAUUAAUGGGUGUAUAUGUUUAUGAUGGAGAAUUGGUAUCAAAGAAUGGAUUUUUUCAGGGAUAUAAUCAACUGACGUGGAUAGUUGUUGUUCUGCAGGCACUUGGAGGCCUUGUAAUAGCUGCUGUCAUCAAGUAUGCAGAUAACAUUUUAAAAGGAUUUGCGACCUCCUUAUCCAUAAUAUUAUCAACAAUCAUAUCUUAUUUUUGGUUGCAAGAUUUUGUGCCAACCAGUGUCUUUUUCCUUGGAGCUGUCCUUGUAAUAGCAGCUACUUUCUUGUACGGUUACGAUCCCAAGCCUGCAGGAAAUCCCACAAAAGCAUAGUCAUUUCCUGUCCUUAACCGGAUUCUCACAAUGGUGCCCUAGGAACCUCAACAGUAAUCUUGCCCAGAGGAUUUCUGCAGAUUCUAUGAAGAAAUCAUCAUGCUAAGUCUGAUCACUCUGCUCAAAUGGUUUGAAAAUGUGUAACCUUCAGGAUGAAAUGUGUACACCAUCUGCAGCCAGGCCUGGACGUGUGUCCAGGAAGUAGGGCUACAGGGGACACUGGGAGAUGGCCUGAAGUCUGAGCUCGCAAUGACUUCAGCCUUUUAGUUGCUGCAGAACUGUCCAGUGCAGCCUUUGCAAGAGCACACACAUGCAAAUAAAGACCAAGAUUUGCAAGGUAGAUCUGCCUACAAUUAUCACAUUUUCUUAACCUUAUUCCUUCUAUUCAGAUGUAUCAAGUCACAUGAACUAUUUAAAUGGAAAUUUAUAAUUGCCUAUCAAGCUGUGAACAAACAAAUAUAAUUUAAAACCAUUUUCAUGUAUCUGGGAUUUUUAUAUUUAUACAGAAGAUUACUAAGGAAAGGCCUGCUAAAUUUUAUUUGUUUAACUCCAUAAGCUUUGAUGAAGUAAUCUGGGAUUGAAUAAUUUAAAUGUAGUGUAGAAAGAGUCUCUCUGUGUGUGUCUGACCCUUUACUGCUUUGAUGCAGUUUGGUUCUCCCAUGUAGAGAGGCAGUGACUGGCAAUGAUGGGUAAAAGGAGUUUACCCAUCAUUUCCCAGUUCUCUUUCUUUUCUCAUUAUUCUCAUCAUUACCAUAAAUUGAAUUUGUGUGUGUUGCCAUUAAAAGUUUUAAAUGAAUUUAAAGGGAUUAAAUACUCAUUUAAUAAUUGAAAAUAAUGAUUACUAUCCAGCCUCCAUUGUUAGAAAUCUAAACUAUGAAACACAUAUUGAAUGUAGUUUUGAAAUGGAGAAUUUUCUUGUUAAUCUGCAGUAGGAAUUUCUUUUAAUCUGCAACUGUUGACAGAAACAACAAUCAAAAGAGUGUCAGCUGAUUUUCUUGCAGACAUUUCCUACUGCCUUAGUCUUACUUUUUUUUUUCCUUAAAGCAUAUUGUAACUUUCUUUUUCUUAAGGCAAAUUUUCAUUAUGUAGGUCCAACUGGUCUUGAACUCACAAAUAUCUAAUCUGGCAGCUUCUGCCUGCUGAGUGAUGGGUUAAGUGUAUGGGCCACUCUGCCCACCUCACUACAUUGUUUUUAAAGGAGGUGCAUUAUAUUUUAAGUUCUAUGACUAUUUAGAAGCUUUUAUGUCUUAAAGCCCACUCUCCCCAUCUGAUCAUGUGUCUGGAAGAUGUGACUGCCGCCGGGGUUUCCUCUGGUGUUCCCAUGAGUGCUUCUGGGAAGGAGCAACCAUUUGCUUUAAAAUAGUAGAUUUUCCUUUUUUUUUUAACACUGGAGUUGGGGAUAUAAAUUAUGAAUUAUUUAAUAAUAGAUUGAAAGAAGAGAGCAUAUAUUAGAAAUAGUAAAAUAAACUGGGAAGCAAAAAUGUAGUUUAUAUUUGGAAUAUAAGUUAAUUAUUGACCAUAUGCAGAAUUACCUAUUGAAUAUAAGAUCUAUUUUAUUCUUCCAUUUAUAUUGUAUAUAGUUUAAAACUUUGUUCUAAUCGAUACAAACCUGUAAAAAGAUAAUUAUUUUUAUGUAGUUCUAAUAGAUUUUUGUUAAGUGGAGUUUGACUCAAAAGCACUGUUAUUAAGAACUGUGGAAGGCUCCGUUGGCAACCUAGGACUGGCUAUUUUAUCUUGCUAGAGCAAAUGUACUCUCAACGGGGAACAUGGCUAACCAAUUCCAUUCAGACUUUCAAAGUACUUAUAUACAUUCAAAGUAUUUGACGUCAUUGCACCAGUGAGGGUAAAGUGACAGCAGGCUUUCUGAGUGCCAGGUUUAUGGUUUUCAGUGACUGCCUUCUAUUUUGAGCAUGGUGUGAGACCACCACAGCAUUUAAGUUUAUGUCCUAGAACCUAUGACUAAGUACAACCCAGAUCUUGCAAAUAUACAGAAUUCAAGAGGACAGAUUCAUGUUCUGCUCAUAUUAAAGCAUUUUGUGGGCAAGUAUGUUAAUACAGUGUGGAUUCAAAAUUAAUGGUUACUUAGAUCUAGUCUACCCUGUUUUAACCUUACAGAAAUAUAUACAAAGAAGCAAUUGGAGAGUAAGGCUGUUAAAGUUUUAAUACAUUUUAGGUGUCUGAAAAUCUUUUAUGCAUCAUUUAUAUUUUCCCUUUCUAGUCAGCUAAAAAGUAAUUGGGCUGAAUGUAUAUUCAUUCCAAGUAUAAAAAUUUAUAAGGAAAUAAUAUUUGGGGGAAAAUGGGCUUGUAACCUAGACUGUGUCAUAUAUAUUGAUGCUGAAAUUUUGUGUAAUGUGGUUUGUGUUUUAAUGACAUUCAAAAGUGUUAUUGUGUCAUGCUUUUAUAAUAACCCUUUGAUUAUUUAAA